CAAAAUUGUUGCAAGAAGAAGCAACGCCAAGGUGGCGUAGUGGCAAGCCAGCAGAUGGGUGUAGCCACAUGGCAUUGGCCAAGUUCAGUGAGGACCUGGCAAAAGCUUUGAAGGAGCAGGGCACUCCAGUGGAAUCGGCACUGGUGAGUCCUGAAGAUACACCCGUGGCCAAGACUGGUGAAGGGCCCUCGAACUUUGGUUUCUGGGCACACUUGGGCUUGUCCAGCGCUUCGAGUUCUUCCACUGGAAGCCCCCCAUCGCCCAGGGAAGCCGAACGGUCCGGAAGGUCAUGGGAAACUGGAGACGAAGCCCCUCGCUUUCUCUUCGGUAGCGCAUGUCUACGGCCUCAUACAGAGGGCAGUCUAGGCUCGAGAACCCUUGAAGAGCGGGUGGAAUCUGGAAGACGUUUGAAGGCCGCCGUGGCUGCAAUGAAGGCCAAAGAGCUACCUUCAGGCGAGACCAGCACACAGCGCUCGGAUGCGGCCUCAUCGCUGAUGCGUAGCGCCGCAGCGGCGGUCUCCAGUCCGAGCAAAGGUAGAACUGGAUUGCCGGAGGUUGCAGAUCUGAGUCAUGCUGAAAUGGCACCAGGUUGAAUCAGUUGGAACUUCCUGAGUUUGGACUCCCUAGGACUCGGGACAAGACCGACAGCCCGGGACUGAAGCUGGGUUGCACUGCCCAGGACUUGGUUC